GCUCUGACACGGCAGGCUUUAACAUUGUAGUGCUGAACCCAUCAUGCGACCGAUCUUUUCGAUACUGGCUUCGGCUGCAGUGCUCCUUUCAGCCACUCUGUCAGAGGCUAAAUCCCUGACCGGGAAUCGCGUCCUUGUUUUGCUUGAUGACCUCAACUCUGCUGGCGAAUACUCCAAGUUCUGGUCCUCCCUCGAAGACAGAGAGUACAAGAUCAAUUACAGCACCCCACAGAAUCAGUCUGAUGUUCUGAUUGCCAUGGCAAAGAGAAACUACGACCACGUCGUUCAUUUCGCUCCCCAUAGUAAAGUUGCACAGGAUAGCCAGUUUUCGAACCGAGCGCUCAUCAAGUUCGUUGAUAUGGGUGGCAACCUCUUGAUCGGCUUGACUCCCAACACUCAGGAUGCCAUGCGCGAUUUGUUACGCGAGUUCGACAUUGAACUUGAUACUCGAAAUCACCGUGUGUUUGACGAUAGCUCCUAUGAUGAAGGCCUCGAUGCUGGUGCUUUCGAUACCUUGGUCACCGAGAACAUCGUAUCUCCUAAGCCCAUUGUCGGUGAAGUCAAUGCUCCAAUUCUUUUCCGCGGAGUUGGCCACCAGGUUGGCUCUAUCCCCUUGCUUAACAGAGUCUUGGCCACCGAAGGAAAUGCAUUCUCUGGUGAAGUCGGUGAUAGCUCACGCGAAAAGGGUGCCAUUGACCUUGUGAGCAGUUUACAAGCUCGUAACAACGCUAGAGUCUCUGUUGCUGGCUCAUUGGAUUUGUUCUCUAACAUAUUCAUUGAUUCACCUGUCAGCCGAAAGUCUAAGUCUGGCGGAGUAGAGAAGUUUGCACGAUCUGGAAACAAGGAGUUCACUGAUGAGCUUUCUCGUUGGACUUUCCAAGAGAAGAGUGUUCUCAAGGUGUUUGAUCACAGACACCACAAGGAAGGUGAAACCCAGAAAUUGGAAACCUACCGCAUCAAGGAUAAUAUUACCUACACCAUUGAAAUUGCCGAAUACGACGGUGAAAAGUGGACUCCAUACCAUGCCUCAGACGUUCAGUUAGAGGUUAUCAUGUUGGAUCCUUACAUUCGCACCACUCUCGAUGAAGCCCAUAUUGCUCCAGAGCACCACUAUGCACGAUAUAAAUCUCACCUUACACUCCCCGAUGUCUAUGGUGUAUUCACCUUCAAAGUCAACUAUAAGCGACCUGGUCUCACUUACUUGACAGUUGAGGAUGUUGUGGCUAUUCGACCAUUCCGACAUGACGAAUAUCCCCGCUUUUUGUCAGCUGCAUACCCAUACUACGUCUCUGUAGGAAGCAUGAUUGUAGGCUUCCUGGUUUUCAGUGGCACCUGGCUUUUCACCUGGGGUUCUCGAGAGGAAGCCAAGGUAGUGGUCCAGAGCAAAGUGAGCAAAAAAUAAACGCUAACACAAAAGCAAAAAAUGUCGUAGAGAGGAAUGCAUUUUCAAAAAACGAACAAUAAAAAAUCAGAGUAAUGCAAUGAACACGGCGUGACCGCCAUUUUGAGUUGA